AUGUCAUUCCGAGGUGGUGGCCGUGGCGGUGGCCGUGGCGGUGGUUUCCGAGGUGGACGAGGAGGUUACGGUGCCCCCGCCGGCCCCCCGGCGGAGGUGCUGGAGCUGGGCACGUUCGAGCACGCCGUCGAAGGCGAGAUGUUCUGCAAAUCGACAAACGUCAAGAUCCCCUUCUUCAACGCGCCCAUCUACCUCGAGAACAAGACGCCGGUGGGCAAGGUCGAGGAGGUGCUCGGCCCCAUCAACAACGUCAUGUUCACCAUCAAGCCGUCCGAGGGCAUCGUCGCCACGAGCUUCAAGACGGGCGACAAGGUCUUCAUCGGCGGCGACAAGCUGCUGCCUCUCGAAAAGUUCCUGCCGAAGCCCAAGGUGGCCGGCGAGAAGAAGCUGAAGCGGCCGGGCGGAGCGGGAGGACGAGGCGGACGAGGCGGUGGCCGCGGCGGACGGGGCGGCUUCGGCGGCGGCUUCGGCGGCGGCCGUGGCGGUCCCCGCGGCGGCGGCGGCUUCUCCAGAGGAGGCGGCCGGGGAGGCGGUGGUUUCUCGAGGGGCGGUCCUCGCGGCGGCGGCGGCUUCUCGAGGGGCGGCGGCGGCCGUGGUGGCUCUGGCGGUUUCCGGGGACGUGGACGGGGCGGCUACUAG